AUGUAUGCUACUCGAGCUUUGAGAAUGAUGGCCACUCGCCGUAUGAUGAGUCCUAUUCCCAAAGAGGAACAGAGCGACUACGUCUUCAGCAUACCACAUGAAAAUGCAAAGUAUCCAGAUAUUAAUAAACCAGCAGCACACACUAUCUCCCAGCGCCUCCGCAAAUUGCGACAAAUUCCGGCAGAAUUAAUUCCUCUCGGCGUUGUCGUCGUAUUCGCUGUGGGCGCGGCCGGCUACUCGAGUCUUCGCAAGUUUAAAGUAGACAAGACUAUGCGACUUAGCCGUCAAAACCGGAAGGACGAGCCCACCGAACACGGCGAGGGGCAUCAUUAA